CGUCCGGAGGGUGAUGACGCUCCAGUAGGUUUUCCAGCCCUCGCUUUGCUUUCCCUCCAGGGAAGGUCGUUCCGCACACGAUCCCGCUGAGGAAAGACACUCCGAUGGACUUACACCGGGCCGCCUUCAAGAUGGAGAACUCACCCUACCUCCCCAACCCGCUGGCCUCCCCGGCGCUGAUGGUCCUCGCCUCCACCGCCGAAGCCAGCCGUGACGCCUCCAUCCCGUGCCAACAGCCAAGGCCUUUCGGGGUCCCGGUCUCAGCAGACAAGGACGUGCACAUCCCCUUUACCAAUGGCUCCUACACCUUCGCCUCCAUGUACCACCGGCAAGGCGGUGUGCCGGGCGCCUUCGCCAACCGUGACUUUCCUCCCUCUUUGCUUCACCUCCACCCCCAGUUUGCGCCCCCCAACCUGGACUGUACCCCGAUCAGCAUGCUGAAUCACAGCGGGGUCGGGGCCUUCCGCCCCUUCGCCUCCAGUGAGGACCGGGAGAGCUACCAGUCGGCCUUCACGCCGGCCAAGCGCCUGAAGAACUGCCAUGACACCGACUCGCCCCACCUGCGCUUCUCGGAUGCCGACGGGAAGGAGUACGAGUUUGGCACCCAGCUCCCCUCCAGCUCCCCUGGCUCGCUCAAAGUUGACGAGACGGGGAAGAAGAUCUUUGCGGUGUCGGGCCUCAUUUCGGACCGGGAGACCUCGUCCAGUCCUGAAGACCGAAGUGACAGAUGCAAAAAGAAAGCGACAUUGUUUGACAGCCAGGCUCCCAUCUGCCCCAUCUGCCAGGUUCUCCUACGCCCUGGAGAGCUGCAGGAGCACAUGGAGCAGGAGCUGGAGAAGCUCACCCAGCUGAACAUCAGUAAGAACUCCAUCCUGAAGGAUGCUAUGGCUGCAGGCACCCCCAAGUCAAUUUUGUUGUCGGCUUCAAUCAAGCGGGAAGGAGAUUCUCCAACAGCAUCACCCCACUCCUCGGAUGACAUCCAUCACUCAGACAGAUACCAGACCUUCCUGCGGGUGCGAGCGAACCGGCAGACCCGGCUGAACGCUCGGAUUGGAAAAAUGAAACGGAGGAAGCAAGACGAAGGGCAGGUAUGUCCCCUCUGCAACCGACCUCUGUCAGGAUCCGAGGAGGAGAUGAGUAGGCAUGUGGAACAAUGCCUUGCAAAGAGAGAAGGUUCGUGCAUGACCGAGGAUGACUCUGUAGACAUCGAGAACGAGAACGGCAACCGCUUUGAAGAAUACGAAUGGUGUGGGCAGAAGAGGAUACGGGCCACUACUCUCCUGGAGGGAGGAUUUCGAGGUUCUGGGUUCAUCAUGUGCAGCGGCAAAGAGAAUCCAGACAGCGACGCAGACCUGGACGUGGAUGGGGACGACACACUCGAAUACGGGAAACCACAGUACACAGAGGCAGACGUUAUCCCUUGCACUGGAGAAGAGCCAGGUGAAGCCAAAGAGAGGGAGGCGCUCCGAGGUGCUGUUUUAAAUGGUGGCACACCCAGUACUCGAAUAACGCCAGAGUUUUCUAAAUGGGCCAGCGAUGAAAUGCCCUCAACGAGUAAUGGUGAAAGCAGUAAACAGGAAACCAUGCAGAAGACCUGUAAGAACAGUGACAUUGAAAAAAUUACAGAAGACUCUGCAGUGACAACAUUUGAAGCACUAAAGGCUCGUGUCCGUGAGUUAGAAAGGCAGCUUUCCCGUGGGGACCGCUAUAAAUGUCUCAUUUGCAUGGACUCCUACACAAUGCCCCUGACUUCCAUUCAGUGCUGGCAUGUGCACUGUGAAGAAUGCUGGCUGCGGACUCUGGUGCUGAGGGGUUGGCGUGUCUGGGUACCUGUGGGGAGCACACGGCUCUUCUGCCGACCGGGCGGGAUGGGAGCAGGACAGCAGGACAGCAGGACAGCAGGACAGCAGGACAGCACAUUAGGGCUUGGCACUUGCAUAGGGGAAGCAAUUAAUAAGUGGCUACUCAUGUGUUCCCCAGCCCCAGCCUCUCCCUGCAGCCCCCAAUUUAUUACACCAGGCCUUUUCACAAGGCGUGCUUGCGCUCUUUCCCGUCUCAAAAAAAAUCUCCCAGCCUGUGUUCGCAUGUUUCUAAUGUAACCAUUAAAAUGUAGCCCGAAGACAGCAAUAAAAACCCUGGAACGCCUUGGUGCUUUUGUGUCUUGAUCAAAGUCAAUGUGUGUAAUCUCGUUAAGACUGCCCUCCUUCCCCCCUCCUUUUUUAUGAAUUUAAUGGCAUGCAGCAGCUGGGCUCAGUGUUUAAUGCUCACCAACCUGCAUUGUUCUAAUUAAGGUAUCUCCUUUUAUUUCGGGCACAAAAGAGACUCUUGUUUUUUUUAACAAGCGAGGAGCUGUGGGAUAGUGUGUGUAAUAAUCGCCACUGUUACCUUUCCCUGGGAAUAAAGCUGGCUCCCCAGCAGGGCAGGAGGGGGAUCGGAGGGAGCCUGCGCGUGUAGCACACAUGGAAAGGCUUGGUAGGGGGAGAGGGGCAGCGUUUUUCUUCUGUUGUGCAAUAAACAAUUCGUUGGAGUUCAUGGGAGCUGGGCCUGGUGGGUCGUGCAGGGCUUCCAACACUGGAAAGCAGCCAUCUCUGCUGCUGCAUCCUUCAUAUGCCUCUGUUCUGUGCACUGACAAAUCUGGUACUGAGUUAGAGUGUGAGUGGGUUUGCGUGAGAGAGGAGAGUGGUGCAUUGAGUGUGGCCUUGGAAAUGGAGGCUCCACGUGCCUGGGAGCACUUGUUAACCUGAGUGAGAUGUUGAGGAUAGGAUAAAAUCUGAUGCUGACGUUUGUCACGGAGCAAGGGAGAGAAAAGUGAUUUUCAGAGUUUGGGGUUUGGGUAUUUUCUAGGAUGCAGUACUGGAAGAAUCUGAGCAUCUCUAGUAUCCUCAGGUUGCUGUCGUGUCUGAGGGCACUGGUGAGGAUUAGGUCUGUAGAGCACUUAGGCUCCCUGAAAACACUUCUUGGACUUCAAGUUCUUGACGUCCAGUUGCAGAUUGUUACUGUUCUCCCUCUGGUGGAGGCAGGGAGGCGUUUGUAAACACUGCACAUGGCUGCUGGGCUCCUCAGCUCAGGUACUGGAGCUCAGUGCACCAGACUGACUCCAAGUCCUGGCAGUGAAGCAUCCACCAGAGCUGGUUCCUUCUUUCCAUCCUGUCGCUCUGGGUUUGCUGCAGAGCAGAAAGGGGCCCUGAAGAUGAGUUAGGGGAACAGAGAUGGUGGUGCUGGUCAAGUCAGCCAGCACAUCAGUACCAGUGGACGUUUGCAGACAGCUCUCCUCUCAUGUGGCCUUUGAGGAAGUGAGGAUCCACCCAGCACCAGGAGUAGAGGAGUAAGGAGUUUGCUCUCCUUCCUGAGGGCUGUGGUGUGGAGCACACAGGCGUGGGGUGUGCCAUGCAUACCACAUGCAUUGAGCAACUAGCCACAACACUCUGGUUGUGGCUUGGUCCGUGUUGGUCAUUGCUUGCUGGUUGUCUGUGGCACCUGACAUCGUGGUGUACAUUCAUGUACAGCACUAAGUGCAGACAGAGGGCUAAUGAUAGCAUCAGGUUGCACAGAAACUGGGAUUUGAGUCUUGAGUGAGCUCGCUGCCAUCCCUUGUGGGAGCUGGGUGCCUGCUCUCAGUUGGCUGUUGGACUGCUUCCACAUGUGUGGCAUGAAUCUCCCUUUGGAAGAUGUUUGGCUGCCCCUUCUCUAUCCUUUCCCAUUAGCUGAGAGGCCCCCUGCAGCUACUUGGGGGUGAGCCUAUUUUCUUUCUCUUGGGAUGAAUGCUCUGACAGGAGAGAUGGGUGAUCUGCUGCACUGCUUUUCUGGGGAGGUUUGGAGCCACUGUCUGUGGUGGUUUGGGAGAGCAAGUUUGAUGUGUGUCUGUCAAAAGUAAUUCAGGUUGAGGUGAUCUUCCCAGGGGAAUGGAUUCUUGAGUUCUUGAAGGCCCUUGGAGCUGCCCUUCUGUCAUCUCCCAAACUCUGGUAUCCUUCCUUAGGAAAUGAAUUAAGAGUGAAGUCAGGCUGCUGUUGUCCAAGCUCAGAGCUGUUGUGGGUGUGACGUGCAGGGCUGAAGGGGGAGGUUAAUUGGAGCAGGUGCACUUGGCUGAGUUUCCUUCUGGCCUGUAGAGCCAGAGCCAGCAUUUCCCUUGUGCACCCGCUGGUCCCAGGCUCGUACUUCCCUGUCUCAGGCUUAUUCGAAAAUGACGACUGCGAGAGCAGGAAAAAAUCGCUUUUAGAAAGCCUUCUUCAUCACAGAAUGUGCUUUCAGGGGAUCCAUCAAUAGGUGCGCAUUCUCUGCAGUUGACACGUUUAUGUCUUUGCUAGAUGACACCGCUGCGUUCUGAGCCUUUCAGCUUUUUCCAGGCUGUAACGCUGCGCGUCCCACGCGGGCUUGGAGCAUUUGUCUAAGAAACGGUGCAGAUCAAGAGCGGGUCUUCAGGGCCUUACGGGGCCUUCCUGAGCCGGCAGCUGCAUGGAGGGCGCUGCGCUCCGUCCUCUGUGGUGCCCAGGUGCUGUGGGGCUGCCCGCUUUCUUACCAUGUAUUUCAGGUUUGGCCUGCAGCGCCCUGCGGCAGCGAGCUCCAUGCUGUGGGGAGGCUCUGUGGGAAAGGACGCUGUGCCGUUGGCUGUAGCCCUGCACCUGCAGGUGUGUGAGAGGCAGAGGGCCCCGGCUGGAUACGUCACCCCAGGGCUCAGCUGCCCUCCUGGCAGAAGCUGGCUCUUGGCUCCCAUCAGCUCCGUUUCUCCUUCCUAUAAAGCAUGGAGCUUUGAGCCCAGGCUUAAUGGUGGCACUGCGUAGGCGAGCUGGCUGUGCGCUUCUUUCUUCUCUGUGCCUCUUGGCGUAUUCUGUUUGCAAACAGCCCCACGGGACAGCGGGAGGUGCCUGAGCCCUUCCCUUUCGGUGUUGUUCCCUUGGUCAAUUCACAGCAGACAUCACGCAAUUAUUUUUUUUAUUUUAUUUUAAAGAGCAACUUUUAGGCAGAAUCCUCCAAUCCUUCCUGGCACCGCCUGAGCCCCGAUGACUUCUCAACAUCUCAGCUCUCGUUAAUGUAUUUUUCAAACUGCUACCCCAAGUGAUUAGCCCGUAUUGUGGAUCAAUCACUUGCCAAAUUUUAAUUAAGAAAGGAGGAGAAAAAAUAAACUCCUUCCCCGUUCCAACCCCUUUGCUUUGCUCUGUAACAGCCCCGGAGCAAACUUCUUGCAGCAGAGCUUUAUAAACCCCUCCAAAGUGGGCUUUAUAAUGGAAAAGCUGAGGUGGCCUUUACUGCAGCACACGCAGCUAUAACACAUCAAGGCUUUUCCAUGAAGCGAUGAUGAAAGGAGCAGAAGGACCUGGAAAAAAAAAAAAGAAAAAAAAAAACGACCGAAAGAAAUGGCCGACAGGUGGGACUUAUUAUUGCACAGUGUUUUCAUUUCAAGGGAAAAGUUUAGUAACCCCAGCUGGCAGGUGAGCAGUGGGGGGGCACACUCAUUUUCAUUGUGCCUGUGUGUGUGUGUACAAGUUUGUGUGCCUCUCUGCAAGACGGAGGAGCUGAAAUGCUGGUGGCAGGGAGUGUUGUGCACUGAUAUCAGAAGUCAGGUGUAAGGAAUGGGGUUCUAAAUGAUUUCAGUCUAAAAAGGAGUAAUCAGGACUCAGUUGUGAAUUUAACACACUGCUAUGGGGAGAGGAUGAUAGCUUUGUCUAUAAGAAAAUGGGUUCCUCCUGGGUACAAAGUCAGUGUUUUUGCUCAAGCUGUUGAAUGCCAGAGAGUUCCAGAGAGAUCCAGGAACUGGGCCUCAGGUGUCCAGGAAGAGCCCUCGCUGCGUGCAGGUAAAAAGCAUCCAUUGCUCUGUGGUCAGGUCAGGUAUUGCAGAGUAACCAAACUGGGUCCAUCUGUGUGUUGCUGGGUCCUGCCUUCUGGUGUGGUUGAAAACGUGGCUCUGAAAGCCCACCUGCAGCUCUCACGUGGGGAGAGUGGAACCCCAAAGCCACCAGCAUGUAGUGCAGAAGGGGCUGAGGUCCUGGGGUUGGGCAGGAUAAGUCCACCCAUCUUCUCUUUCCCUGGGGCAUGAAGGAAUUGCGGAUGUGACCUUGCUUUGCUGCUGAAGAGGGACCUGGACAGGGCAUCUUUCCUUCCAAAAUGUCCCGUGUUGAGCUGAUUCAGCCUGCACAAGGGAGGCUACCUGGGGCACAGGGAUCACACAAUCCUCCUCCAGAUCCCAGAAUGGAACAGCGUGGCCCUGUGCAGCACGAGGGGGCAUGGGGCAGUGCUCAGCCCUGGAAGUCAGGGCAGCCCCAUUUCCUGCGCUGCUGGUGCUGGAGAUGGGCACAGCCCCACGGCAGCUCGCUCUGUCAUUUUUUCCACCAGCUGGCUGUCACAUCUGCCAAUCUGAGACUGACCCCGACUCUUGUUAACACCCCAUUGCUGUCAGGCUCGGUGACAGGCAGCACACCCGCUGCUGGUUCGCAUUGUGUACUGCUUGUGUCAGCCUCCCGCUGCCCGGCCCCGCUUGGAGGUCACUGCUCGCAGCUCACCGGGGCAUAGCAGGCCCAACCUCUGCCCCCCUGUGUGCACAGCAUGGGGGGAGCAGGGCAGGGAUUCCUUGGGGCCCGCAGCCCCACCUGAACCACUUUGGUCACUCGACAGCUGUGCUGCUGGUCUGUGUUCUGCCCUGUUCAGCCCGGCUGGGGGGUCAGGGGGUGGCCGUGCUGCCCCUGCUCUGCUGUGUGAGGCUGAAGGUGAGGUGGUGGGUUGGUUGGUCGGUGCUGUUCCCGCAGUGCAUCACGCUGAUGCUGUCGUCCCAUCUGCUG